AGUAGUGAAAGAUAAACUUGAUGAGAAAGGAGGAAGGAUUCAUCGGAGUUGCCUAGCUUUGUUUUCAGUCAGUUAAGGUAUCGUGAAUAAAUUCGGUAACCCAAAAGGCAGGCGAUGGAAAACGCCGGCAAUUCUGAUCGUCCUAAUCAUCAUUGGCGUCGUCUUCUUCCUCUGCUGUCGCUCUUUCUGCUUCUUGGCCUCACGAACUCAUCAUCACUGCCACAGGAAGACCCAUCGUCCACCAUAACACGAUUCCAAGAGUACCUCCAAAUCAACACAGCUCAACCGAAUCCAGACUACAAAAAGUCCACCGAUUUUAUCGUCUCCCAAGCCAAAUCCAUCUCUUUAGAAUCCCAGACCCAUGAAUUCGUCGAGGGCAAACCAGUCGUCCUCCUCAAAUGGCCUGGUUCCGACCCCAGCCUCCCCUCCAUCCUUCUCAACUCCCACACUGAUGUGGUCCCUUCCGAGCACUCGAAGUGGAAUCACCAUCCCUUCUCGGCUCACAUCGAUGGGCAGGGUAACAUAUAUGCUAGAGGCUCCCAGGAUAUGAAGUGCGUUGGAUUGCAGUAUCUGGAGGCCAUUCGUAAGUUGAAGUCUUCUGGGUUCGAGCCUAAACGGUCUGUUUACUUGUCUUUUGUCCCUGAUGAGGAGAUUGGUGGCCAUACUGGCGCUGAGAAGCUAGCUGAGUCUGAUGUCUUCAAGAAUAUGAAUGUUGGAGUAGUGCUUGAUGAAGGUUUGGCUUCACCAACUGAGAAUUACAGGCUCUUCUUUGGGGAGAGGAGUCCAUGGUGGCUGGUGAUAAAGGCUACUGGAGCUCCAGGGCAUGGGGCGAAGCUCUAUGACAACAGUGCACUGGAGAACCUUUUCAAGAGCAUUGAGAGUAUCAGAAGGUUCAGGGCUUCCCAGUUUGACUUGAUCAAGGCUGGUUUGAAGGCUGAAGGAGAAGUCAUUUCAGUUAAUAUGGCCUUUCUGAAGGCUGGCACUCCCUCUCCAACUGGUUUUGUCAUGAAUUUGCAGCCAUCUGAGGCAGCAGCAGGUUUUGAUAUCCGAGUUCCACCAUCUGCUGAUCCUCAAUCUUUAGAGAAACGGAUAGCCGAGGAAUGGGCUCCUGCAUCACGGAACAUGACAUUUGAGCUUGGGCAGUUUAAGCAAAAGGUUUCUGUGUAUGAUGACUCGGGAAGGCCACUCCUUACAGCACCAGAUAGUUCCAAUCCCUGGUGGGCUUUGUUAGAAGAAGCUAUCAGGAAAGCUGGUGGAAAGAUUGGGAAACCUGAGAUUUUUCCUGCAUCAACUGAUGCUCGUUAUUUCAGAUUGCUGGGCUUGCCAGCGAUUGGCUUCUCACCUAUGGUGAACACUCCUAUCCUACUUCAUGACCAUAAUGAGUUUCUAAACCAAGCAGAGUACCUGAAAGGAAUUGACAUUUACGAGUCAAUAAUUAAAGCGUAUGCUUCCUAUAUUCCACAAGGAAGAGCUAAUGUUUCAAAAGAUGAGUUGUAGAGGAAACAUGGUGGAUUCUUCAUUUCGAAGAGAGAAAAGACAAUUCAAUAAGGAUAAAGGCAGUCAAGAGUGCGUUUUGUGCCAGUAGACUAUAAAUAUGGUAUGCAAGGUGUGUUUCUUACUCUACAUGCUAAAGACCAGUUCAUCACGCUACUAGAUAAAUGUUGCAUCAGAUAAACUUGCUUGCAAUGCAUUUCAUUUUUCUUUUGAUACUAAACAAAUUUUUAGUUUCAAAUAACAGAACAAUGGUUCUGUCAUGAAAUCAAACACAUUAUUAGUCAAACUAUGUAUAUCUUCAUGUCUGAUAUUUUCAUGAGUCACCACAUUGUGGUUGGUCCAUACCCACCACAUUAUGGUUGGCCAUAUCCAGGAUCCACAGCAGCAGUUUCAGAAAUACGAGUAAACGUGAAUUCAUAUA